ACUUAACACUGUGACACCCAGCGGAAGUAAACAACAAGCGCGCUUUUAGCUUAAUAUUUCAGUUGUAUUUGAAAAACAAUGGCUGCAGUUCAGUGUUUGAGACAGUUCGUCAAAGAGCGACUACUUGCUGCUUCUGAAGAAAUAUUCGGAGUUUUUGAAAAAAACAUCGUCCAGUACGAAGAAGAGAUCGAUCGCCAGCGCAGACUGCUGGAUGUCGCUUGGAAACCAGAAAUAGGCCUACAGUUGCAAAGGAUAGAGCUCCCACAGCAACAUGUCUGUAAGGAGGAGGAGGAGGAGGUUCUCACUGACCAGCAGCAGCUCUGUAUUCAGGAGGGGAACUCCAAUGGGCACCAAGAGGAGCCAGAGUCUCCACAGAUUAAAGAGGAGAAACAGGAGGAACUCUGCACCAGUGAGGAGGGAGAGCAUCUUGUACUGAAGCAGGAGACUGAUCCCUUUAUGUUGACUCCUAUUUACAAGAAAAGUGAAGAUCAAACUCUGACCUUGUGUAAAAGAUUCACUGGUACAUUGAACGGUCAAAAAAAAAAACACACAGGUGAGAAGCUGUAUUCCUGCGAAACAUGCGGGAAAAGAUUCAAUUACCGAUCAUCUUUGAACUAUCAUUUAAGAACCCAUACAGAUGUGAAGCUGUUUUCUUGUGAAACAUGUGGGAGAUGCUUAAGUUCGAUAUCAUCACUGAAGAUUCAUAUGAGAAUCCAUACGGGGGAGAAUCCAUAUCCUUGCAAAACAUGUGGCAAAAGAUUUCCUCAGAUGUCAUCAUUGAGCUAUCAUAUGAAAACCCAUACAGGUGAAAAACCAUAUUCUUGCAAAACCUGUGGAAAAUGUUUCCGAGCUAGCAGUCACUUAAUAGGUCACAUGAGAAUGCACACAGGUGAGAGGCCAAACCUUUGCAAGUCCUGCGGUAAAGGAUUUUGUGCCAUUUCAGGUUUGAAAAGACAUAUGAGAAUCCACACAGGUGAGAAGUCUUAUGCUUGCAAAACAUGUGGGAAAGCUUUCAGAUGUAGCAGUAACUUAAAAAGUCAUAUGAGAAUCCACACCGGUGAGAAGUCUUAUACUUGCGAACCAUGUGGGAGAUCUUUCAGAUGCAUCGGGCACUUAAGAGGCCACAUGAGAUCGCACGCGGUUGAGAGUUUGAACAACUGCAGCACAGAGGUCCCAGCUGUUGCAGCCAUUCAGGUGAGAAGCUCUAUGACUCAAAAACAUGUGGAAGAUAUUUCAGAAAACUAGUCUUUUAUGUAUGGUGGCAGGAAGAACUUCACCUGUAUGUGCCCUUCAGGUUGAGACAGGAGAAAUGCCACUGGAUUUAUGCAGCAAACAGCUUUGGUCAACUAGUGGAUACAUUGAGUGGUCAUGGAGAUAUACACCCAACCAGGUCUACCACAGUGCAAAUCAGUGCCAUUAGGAAUUUCAUGAGUGUACAAAUAUAUCCCCAAAUUGGAUUUAGUGGAAGAUAUGGAAUGGGAGUCACACGAGGCUUGUAAGAAAAAAAAUGUAUAACUUAGUUUUGAAAUUGGUUACUCAUUAUUACGAGGUAAAUAUGUAUCUGGGAUAAACACAUGAGUGGUUCUUGGUCUAAAUACACACAUUGCAACUCUGGGU